UUAAAGUCAAUCUAUAUAAAUGGAGGACUACGUUAACAAUGUUAUGAUCCUAUGUAGAUUACCUACAUGUAUUCGCAAUGAUACUUGAAACCACAGGAUGGUAUUCCUACGAUGAGUUUACCCAGGUCUAUACUAGGUUAAGUGAUCCGGAGGAAUAUCCAUUUAUCGCAAGAAAAAUCGCAUUAUGGAGACUUCGUGGAAAGGUUCCAGCAGCUGUAACAGCGACGGAGUCGCUUUUAUGUGCCCUUAUUGCGGAUAGCCAAAGGUCAAGGUCUGAUUCCGAGCUGUGUAGUCUGUAUGCCAUGGCGGUUAUAAGAGCCGUCAAUUUGGUGCUUGACCACGAGCAAGAUGGGGAAUAUGCACGUAGUAUGCUCUUCUUAGCUAAACAGUGCGAUUUACCUGAGUAUAUCAUCCAGGUUAGACACGAAUGCUCCCAUCGUGAGAUACCUGAUUUACAUACCCUACGGGUGGCAGUGCUGGAUGCUAUUAAUUACUUGUAUAAAAGAUAUUGGUCAGCCCAGUACAAAAGCAUAAUGUUCAAGUUGAACAAUGUUGACUACAAUAUGCUACAGUUGGAGUCACUGUUAAUAUGGUCGUAUAGCACAGUGCUAACAAAGCUAGAUCGAAGUGCUGUUGACCCAAUUUUACUGUGGAAUAAAUUCCCUAAUAGUGGUUGUACUGCCGGGAAAUUGCUACAUUCUGGUAAUCCGUAUUUUAAAUCUGCUGUGAAAGUCAGUAAUCGAGCAUUGCGUUUAUUACGAAACUUGUUGAGGUUAUCGAUAAACAGAAGAUAUACACUAUUGUCACAAACGAUGUCUACUGACCAGAAACAAUAUGGAAAUGCUGUGAUAUUGAAGCUUGUGCCACGUGUAUCUAUGAUCGCACGGAAAUUGGUUGAGGGUUGCGUUCAUAGCAACUUCUUUAUUUCGGUGUUUGUUGAGUUCGUGUUUGCCCACUUCGAUUCAUCGCUGGAUACCGUGUUCACGCUUUUGUUUUUGGACAUUGUUAGUCAGAUGCCGUAUAACUUCGUUAUAGAAUUAUGUGCCACAAUGCUCUGCGUUGUGUUUGGAUUAUCUGAUGUGUUGGCUGAUGAGAACGAUAACAACAGGUGGACAUUGUAUGGAGUCAGGAUUUCGGAAUAUGACGAGUUCCUGUUGUCUCCACCUGCCGAGUUCAUACGUAAUACCUUGGCAAUUGAAGUGCCGAAAUCCAAAUGCUCAUUGUCACACCGAGGCCGUAUAAACUCGUGGAUGAUAGAUUUGCUGCGUUGUGCAAACCACGUAGACAAUAAAUAUCAUUGCCAUGAGUUACCUGUGCCAGUACAAGUCUUAAUUUGCGCCGAUACAAAAGAGGCUCGAAGACUAUACAUAGCUUCGGGGAAUGCACUCGUUCGAUUAUCAAGUGGAUUUCGAGCUCUGCUGCCCAACGUUAUCGUUCAAUUAUCAUUGAAUAAUAAGUCUAGAAACAUGAUUAAGUCACUAAAAAUGCUAUCGUGGGAGGAUGACCCACUAUCACAUGCCCUAAGUCUAUAUGAAUGGCUAUCGCAAGAUCAUGCUCUAGGUACACUAAAAGAUUACCAGUUCGUCAAAUUGGACGAUAUAGAGAUACAGAAGCGUCUAGAUGUGAUAUCCAGUAAAUACCAAGAUAAAUAUGCAAAUAUAGACAUGAUGCUCUCCCCGGGUACAUAUUGGGAUGCCCAUCGCUGGAGAAUACAAUUUACCGUCAAGAGACUCGAAGCGUCAAAAGUAUAUCACUCAAGAAUAAUAGAUACGCUACGCAGUUUAUUACGUGGAACUAAUAAAUCAGAUGGUCUAUGGACCAAAAAAAGUGGUCAGCAAGUUGUAUACGGAUUAGACAAUUCCGAUGCAACCUUACAACCCAUAAGGCAAUUUUUGAAACUCGUUGCGGGCCUUGGGGCGGCAUUGAACCCCCUUUCCUACCGCCAACGGUUUUCCUAAGUCUACUCUUUAUAAUAUUGAAUUUUCUUUAUUCAUAAGUU